AUGGAGUGCUGGAAGCUGGUGGCUGCGCGGAUCCUAUCUGCAACUUACCCUGGCGAUGCGUCGGGUACGCUGGAGGUGUUUGACGUGAAAGCAAAGGCUGAUUGUGGCAGGGCACGCACGUUCCUCAAUCUGAUGCUCACCUGCCGUGAACUGUACCACGACCUGCCAUGGGCCAUGCCAAAGUGGUGCCUUGCCACGGUGCUCUCUCAAACGAACAACGACAAGUACAAGAGGAAGCUGGCGAGAGUGAAGAUGGGGCAGCAGCCCUUGGACGUUCACAGAGGUCUCUCACAGCAGGCUGAAGUGAUACCGGGAGACGACGACGCUGAGGACACGUGGAGCAAAGACUACGGCCCCAGUGUGCAAGAUUGGCUGGACACUUUCCAGACUACGCUUCUUCCUCCGCUGCUGUCACCAGACGAAGACAAGGGCGGCACCGAUACCGAGGAUGAUUGCACUGACAGUGCGGCCAGAUACGCCGCCACUGUGUCGGCGUGGAUGGAAGAGCGCUUCCUUGCCUACUCUUGGCUUGGUGUGACAUGGGCGAGCGACCUCCCUUUCUUGCAAGCACGGUUGGCGAGCAUUCGGCACAACGACUUCUGGCUGAAGUUUUCCCGGUGCGGCCGCGUCGCAUUCACAUGCAUGCACGACCUGGAAACAUGGGCAGUGGCAGAGGGUGGGGAGGAACCGUGUUGGGAUGAAAAAGAUCUGAGGGAGAAGGGCAAGAACCCGAGGGAGGAAAAGGCACACAACGACAACGACGACGACGACGACGACGACGACGAAUGCGAGGAAAAGCAGCAACAUGAUGACAAACGCAAGCAGCAGCAACGCAGGCUGCACAGGCAGCGACAUGAUGACAAACGCAAGCAGCAGCAACACAGGCUGCACAGGCAGCGACAUGAUGACAAACGCAAGCAGCAGCAACACAGGCUGCACAGGCAGCGACAUGAUGACAAACGCAAGCAGCAGCAACACAGGCUGCAAAAGCGGAUGACACCGCGAGAAGACGCGAUACGCGAAUCACAGCAGCAGCCGCGCGCCGCUCUGCUCUAUGUCACUGUCACACUCAAGAGCCAAGCAGAUGCUGACCGUUUUAAGGAGCACUACUCAACUCUCGUUGGCGAUGGCCACGUUCGCUGGUUCCGCGUAAUGUAUGAGCAGACUGCUCUGCAAGGCGAAGUAUCAAACGUCCACGGCCUCAGCCUUUUCGGCUUCAACAAGCUCAGCGAUCUCAGCCUGUUUGCCGGCGUGCAAGACCUGAGGGUGGCCGUAUGCCGAGGCAUGGACCUGACCCCUUUUACCGCCUUGAAAAGGCUGGUGUUCGGAGGCAUUGUAGCGGGUGGGCAGUCCGUUAUCGCAGAUGUGGAUGAUGUGUGCCUCAACUCCUCGUCACUUGUCACCAGCACGCUCAACGCGAAGCGGGUUUGCCUGCGCAACAUGCAUCUCGUGGAUGCACCAUCGCCGUUGCACCUUCCAAACGCCACCCACAUUGAACUGCGCUUUGACGAGCUUGAUCCAGACCACAACGCUGCCGAAGAUGACUUCGCGGUAGACCUCCCUCCGGGACUCGACAAGCUGGUCCUUGUCCAUGGGGACACGCUGGGCCCAGAGCUCCCCCGGUUUGAGCACGCCCGAGAGGCUGAUCUCCAACUGUGUGACGUCCCAGACGUCGCCGAGUUGGCCUAUCUAGCGCACCGUGUGGACAAGCUGGUGAUCCGGGCCGAUCCGUCCGACGAAUUCACGGCGACCGGCUUGUCCCAGGUGCCGAACACCGUGUAUGUGUGCUUGGAUGACGUGAAGUGCACCAAAACCACGUCGCUGCCACCAUGUGUGAAGGAACUGCACGCGAUUGUUGAGGACGACGUCUCCGUCACCUGCUGGUCCCACAUACCGCUUCUCUCGCUCACUGGAUGGUGCAUGCGGGCUUCAAACAUGGGCGCCCUCUCUGGGCGGAGGCAGCUCCGCAUGUCUGGUGUUGUGCUUGACGGCGAAAUAAGCGACUGUGACCACGUGACCCUUUGCGAUUGUCAUGGCAGUGUGGUCUUCUCCCACAUCACGUGGCUGAGCGUGGGCCCGCACAGGUUGCGAUGGGGCCCUGAUCCGCGACACACAGUGGCGCAGUGCGGCGCCAACGGCGACGGUGAUGAUGAUGAUGGCAGCGGUGGUGGGUGUGGUGGUGAUGAUGAUGACGAUGGCAGCGGUGGUGGGAGUGGGAGUGGUCAUGGGAGUGGUGAUGACGAUGAUGAUGAUGAUGUUAAUGUUGAUGAUGAUCCUGGCCGUGGCCAUGCAAAGGUCGCAGGCGAUAGUGCAAAAUCAGAGCGAUUGCUGUGCAUUGAGCGUGUGAGCGACGUGUCCACAUGUCGACUGCAGCUCACCAGCAUCAUGAGCUUCUCCUGCUUCCACAAUGUGCACCGCCUCAUCCUGGAAGACUGCACGUUUGACGACCUGGCCUCGUUGACCUCAGUCACGUGCCUGGUGAUUCGUGACUGCACCAGCAAUGACAAGCGCUGGCAGUGGCCGAAUGCAGUCCUGGUGAACCGGUCGCCAGUAGAGAUGAUGGAGGUGCUCACGCAGGGCAAGCGCAAGAGGAACACGUGAUGUGUGUGGGUGUGAGUGUGUGUGGGGAGGAAGGGGAGGAGAUGUUUGUUGGUGGAGGGAGACUUGCAGCACACACACACACACACACACACACA